UAAAAAAAAAGGUGAGAGUUAAAGUAAUCAGAAUGGUGUUAGGUAGUAAGAAUCUUAGACUCACUCGAAUUCAAGCCAAGAUGAUUUGGCAACAGCAGGACUUUUUCUGACACCUGAAGAAAUUCAAGUAGUUUUAGUUUAGGAUGUAUUUGUUUAUGGUUAAUUUAGUUUUUUGGAAAUUAUCAGAAAUUCUUAUCAUGCUAACUAAUACCAUUGUUUCAAUUUUUGCUCUGAAAUGAGCUAGCCCUGAUCGCUUGUAGAGGAUGUUGAAGAAUAUCAAAAGUGCUACUUACAUAUUUUGUCUAAUCGGGAAAUUGAGCCUGACAAGAACAUGUUUGUGUCAUUACGGUUUUUCAGCUGCGCCUUUCUUUUUACGUCACAUAAUACGUCUAAAACUUCCUCUUUUUUUAAUCACAGGACACCCCAAUAUCUCUUUAUACCGCUUUGUGUUUAAGGUUUUAUUUUGCAAUAAGCCUACCUUCCUGUUUGUUUAGGCCUAUGUUAUAACCGGAAUAGAUGCGAAAAAAAAAAUUAUUGAAUUUCCAAAUGUGCGUUCUUUGUUUGGAUAUGGAACGAAUUUAAACGUCCCGACAAGUUUGCAUGAGUAAAUAUUUACCUCGUUCUGCGUCUGUGAUAUUAUCAGAAUACAUUGCAGAUCAGGAAAGAGCCCGGAAUAUCCUUAUUACAGCACUAGAGAAACCUCGCAUAGCAAACCAUAUGAGAAAUAGCUUUAUAAAGAUGAUAUGAUGCGCCUACAGACUCGACGAAUAAUGAUCCGUAAUGAAGCGCAUGAUCUAUAAUAUUGCUGAUACUCCAUGCAACAAGAAGAGAUUGUACUCAAUUGCAAUGUGCUGUUCAGUUUCCUCACAGCUGCGACAAUAGCUGAUUUAUAGUAAAAGGGCAUAAUAUUUAUUACUCUGUAACAAGACUAUAAGAGCAGGAGAAAGGACGACGUGGAGUAAUUGUACUGAAGAAAUAACAACUAAGAGAAAUAACUGUAGGACGCAAGAGAGAAAAAGUAAGGAGUUAAACCUUAAGAAAUAAUCAACUGUAGGGCGCAGGAGGUUUUUACACAGGCCCACAAUACCUCUAGUUGACAUAUUCUUUCUAGAAUAAGGAUGACUUUUAAAAAAACCUGAACAAAUCUUCAUAACCUGUAAGGCGUAAUACUUCUCUACAAGCCUGCCGUUUGUGAUACGUGGCGACUUAUUAUAUACCGACUGAGUGUAACGCAGCAAGUCACCCACACAACGCAACCAUUGAGGAUGACAUACUCACUGUAUCCAGAGAAAAAGCUGGAACUAUACGCGGUGGAGCUUGCGCGCCGAAGCCUCGGACUCGUGGCCGUGGAAUCGAUCUUUUGCGCUAUUUUCAUCCUGGUCGCAUUUUUUGGGAACACAAUCGUUCUAUGGAUCGUCUACAAAAACCCCUCACUCAGAACAAUCCCUAAUCUCUUUGUGAUCUCGCUGGCCGUGUCCGAUGUCAUAAUGUCCGGGUUCUGCGCCCCCAUGUGUCUGGCCAUCCUAAUUACCGGACGCGACGUCCUGGGCGAUGCCCUCUGCAAUCUUCAAGGUUUCCUGGUCACCAUCCUGGCGCGGGUGUCUCUAUGGACUAUGGGGCUUGUUGCCAUUAAUAGAUUCUUCCUUAUUGUCAAGCCUAACAUGUACCGUAAGAUCUUUAAGGCUAGCUACACGCGUUGGAUGGUCAUAGCAGUGUGGGUCUUGUCCUGUGCGGAGCCUGUGCCCUACCUAGCGAGGGGACAUCGCUACUUCUUCCAUCCCGCCAAAGUGUUCUGUUUUCCUGACUCACGAAUGCCGGCUGUUAUUAUCACGGGGUACAUUGUGGUUGGAAUCCCUAUGCCGAUUUUAAAUUACUGCUAUUAUAAGGUAUUCCAAGCUAUUCGAAAACAUCGCCGUCGCCUUCAAGGCAUGCGGUCAAACCAGCCUUCCAUGGGGGGUCCCUCCGUGGAAGAUAUCAACGUGACGUGGACUCUGUUCUGGACCGUGUGCGCGCUCCUCGUGUGCUGGACUCCCAUAAGCGCGAUCGAUAUCGUGGACGCUGCACGCGACACCCUCGCGUCCUUCCCACGCCCCGUCUAUAUGUUGUAUCUAUACUUGGGUCAGAUCUCUACGGCUGUGAAUCCAUUUAUUUAUGGGGUUAUGAACAAGUCAUUCCGGGAUGCGUACAAGAGGCUUUUUAACAGGUUCAGAAAGUCUACCCGAAUCAUGCAGGUAGGUGGCAUACAAAGCCAUCAUCAGAGCGAUAUGAAGGCUAAGAAUAGUUCUGCCGUGACAACGGUCACCUAGCAACAAGAGACCAUGGUCAAAAGGGUUUCCUUAGCAGCAAUAUUGUCGUGACAACGUACACCUAGCAACAAAACCAGAGCAUAUUCAGGCCUGCACUAAAAUCACUUGGCGAAAGUUAUCUAGCAACAAGAUGCCGUCGUGACAUCAGAUACCUAGCAACAGUAUGCUGUCGUAACGUGACAAAGGUAAUCUAGCAACAAAAUACCCGCAUAUACCAGCCUGCACUCAACUCAAACAUAGCUAAUAGAACUGGCGUGACAAUGGCCACCAAGAUAAUGACAAUAGUUACCUUGGCAACAAGAUACAGGCGUUGUUAUAGCUGCCUAGCAACAAAGUUUCCGUUGCUGUGGUAAAUAUGAUGCAAAAUAGCCGAACAUAGAGUCUGAAGAAAAAAUAUUAACAAGCAAAAGAUAGGAAAUGAUAGUUCUCUUGAACAAUAAUUAUAAAGUACUCAUAUUUGUGAGUGCAAUAAUAAGUAACAUAUUUAGUUUAGGAAGAAAAAAUAUGUAACAAAGAAAUAAGACGGAUCACAAAUAACAAAAUAGAAAAAGUCAAUGUCGCA